AUGAUAGGCUCCCUUCUAUAUCUAUCUGCUUCUAGACCUGGUAUUUUAUUUAGUGUUCAUUUGUGUGCUAGAUUUCAAUCUGAUCAUAGAGAAUCUCAUUUAACCGCUGUUAAGAGGAUUCUGAGGUAUCUAAAAGGAACAACUAACCUUUGCUUGAUGUAUGAGAAAACAUUCGAGUAUACUCGUUAUGGUUUCUGUGGUGCAGAUUAUGCUGGAGACAGAUUAGAAAGUAAGAGCACUUCUGGAAAUUGUCAAUUUCUAGGAAACAACCUGAUCUCAUGGUCAAGCAAGAGGCAAUCAACAAUUACUCUUUCAAUAGCAGAAGCAUAA